UCUAGUAGGGAAAUUGCAUACGUUUUUGUAGGUUAAUUAAUUGAAUUUUCUUGAAUUUGUGAUAUAUAAAUAAUGAUCCUAUGUCGUUUAAUCAAAUACAGAUUUACAAAUAAUAUACGCAAUUUUUCGAACCUUGCAGAUCUGAGUCCCAAAGAGAGACUUGUAAGGUGCAAAGAGAUGGCUCCAAAAUAUAGGAAAGACCCUGUCAUAAAGGUGUUGAAUACUACUGAAUUCACAUCAAUAUUUACUGAAGAACUGAACAGUUUAUCUUCAAUAUUCAAACAGUAUGGUUAUGAGAUUAGGAUUGCUGGGGGUGCAGUCAGGGAUCUGUUGUUGGGGAAGCAGCCUAAGGACUUGGAUUUUGCCACAACAGCCACACCAGAUCAAAUGAAGACAAUGUUCACUGAAGAGAACAUUAGAAUGAUUAAUAUGAAUGGUGAAAAACAUGGGACUAUUACACCAAGGAUCAAUGAUAAGGAAAAUUUUGAAGUUACAACUUUGAGAAUUGAUGUAGUAACAGAUGGUAGACAUGCAGAAGUACAAUACACCACUGAUUGGUUUCUGGAUGCAAAUAGGAGAGAUUUAACAAUAAAUUCAAUGUUUUUGGGAUUUGAUGGAACAGUGUAUGAUUAUUUCUAUGGUUUUGAUGAUCUCCAGAAUAAGAGAAUAGCUUUUGUUGGAGAAGCCUCACAGAGAAUUCAAGAAGAUUACCUCAGAAUAUUAAGGUAUUUUAGAUUUUAUGGUAGAAUAGCUGAAGAAUCAAAUAAACAUGAAGAGGAGACUUUGAAAGCUAUUAGAGAUAAUGUAGAUGGAUUGGAAAGAAUAUCAGGGGAAAGGAUAUGGGUGGAACUGAAGAAAAUAUUAGAAGGAAAUUUUGCAGGUGAAAUUAUGACUAAAAUAAUAGAGUGUAAUAUUGGACCAUAUAUAGGUUUACCAAAGGAUUGUAACACUGAAGAUUUAUUAAAUGUUUGGAAGCAUUUACAAGGUGUUGAUACGAAUGCAAUUACACUAUUGAGUUCAUUGAUUAAUUCAGAUGAAGAGGCCAUGGUUUUGCAUGGUCGAUUGAAAUUCUCUGCAUUUGAAAGGGACUUGCUGUUAUUUUUAGUCCAAAAUCGCUCGCCUAAAUUAGAAGAGAAACCUUUGAAGCCAUAUCAGAGAUUGGUGUUGCUGUCUAAAAAUAACAAAACUAAGCUGUGGGUGAUCGAGCUCUUGAAAUAUCUGAACAGUGAACAUAUUAAAGAGUUUGAAGAUUGGGACGUUCCAAGGUUUCCUGUUAACGGAUCCAUGCUAAAAGAGAAGGGAAUUGCAAAUGGCAAGGAGAUGGGUUACGUUUUAAAUAAACUAAAGGAUCAUUGGAUUGAGAAGGAUACAUGCUUAAGCGCGGAAGAAAUACUGAAAGAACUCCCGCACAUUUUAGUUCAGUUGGAUCUACAAUUAAAUAACCUUCUUGAUCCAAGCAACAUGUAGCAGCAGCAAUUAAGAACUUCAUAUCAAUGCCAG